UACAAAAAUGCUGACACAGAUUUCCUGACAGGAUAUAGUCACAUGGGGAGGUGAAACUACUUCACAAACAAAGGGAUCGGAGAGGAAAGUAGAACUGCAGAGAGGUAGGGACGUCUCAUUUGUCAUAUUUCACAGAAGAUCUGUAGCUUUAAUUUAAGCAGAUACAUUUUGUAUUUUUACCUUACAAAAAUCCAACAUCCUUAAAUAUCUGCAAUGGCUUUUAGAGCAUUUACACACACACACGUCUAUGAAAAGCAAUCAGCCUCAAAAGAAAAGGACAAAUCCAGCAUCCAGUGCAUUGAGUGCUAUGACCGAAAUGUGUAUAUAGGGACCAAAGAGGCAACAGUCCUGCAUCUCAUCCUUCCCAGUGGCACAGAUAGAGACCCGAUUCCAGGCCAGAGCAAAAUUAGAGAGUGUAGGGUGAGAAAACUAGGCUCAAGCAACCAAGUUGCCCAACUGAGGGUAGUCCCACUUUUCAACCAUCUGCUGGUCCUGUGGGACCGGAGCGUUACUGCCCUCAACAUGUUCUCCUUAGAGCCUGUUCCCGCCCUCAAGAAGAUCCAGCAUGUGUAUUUGUUCGAGGUGUGCGACUCAUUGCUCGCAGCCCAGGCAGAAAGUGUGGAGAUGGUGACUUCCUCCAGCCGCAGGAAGGUGAUCCGGAUCCACGUGGUGGGAGUGGACAGGUGGGACGUUGUAAGAGAAAUCCCUCUGCUCCAGGACCCUGUGGCCUUGGCAGUGGAUGGUGCCUGUGUGUGUAUAGGUACCAGCGACAGGUAUCUCCUCUGUGAUAUUCGGACUGGGAGCAGCGAUGAGCUUUUUCCUCACAAUCACAGCAAACAGCGUGUCAUUGUAACCUCAAUGGGACGAGGGGAAUUUCUCCUGAACGGGCCUGAAUCUUUGGGCAUGUUUGUGAUGAAGACAGGGAUAUGCCAGCGCCCUCCCCUGCAGUGGCCUCAGGAGGUGCUGGCAGCCGGAGUAUGUUUCCCUUACAUCCUAACCCUGCAGCCCCAAGUGCUGUCUGUCUACAGCAUGAUAGAUCAGCAGUGCAAACAGACUGUGAGUCUCAGCGGAGCGAAGGGUCUGCUCUCCACAUCAGAUGGUGUGUUAGUGUUCACAGAGAGAGACAUUUUCAGCCUGCGUCUGGUGCCACUCAAAGAGCAGAUCGAGGCACUUGUAAGGCAUGAGAGGUUUGAGGAGGCCUUAUUGCUGCUGGAUGGAGUUCAAGGCCAUCGUCCACUUGACUCAUACAAGGAGCUGCAGAAGGCCAUCACUUGCCUCGCUGGAUUUGUUCAUUUUUACCAGGAGGGCUUUUCUGAGGCCAGGGAUCUAUUCAUUGCAGGUGAGCUGGACCCCAGAGAAAUCAUCCGCCUCUACCCUGACUUCCAGUCGUGUCUCAGCAACGAAUUUCAAUCCCAGCUUGAUCAACUGAACAAGGGCAGGGAUCUCCAGGCGCUUUGCCAAGAUGACAGGAACACAUUUCAUCAUUACCUGGCGUUCCUGGGAGAUUUCCUCAGAGCAGUCAGGGGGACGGAGCAAGGCUUGAAGUGCAGUAAGGAGGUGGACUGCACCCUCCUGAGGCUGUAUGUAGAACUGGGAGACGCUGAAAAUCUGCAGCAGCUUGUGGCAUUUCCCAAUGUGUGCAGGCUGGAUCACUGUGUUCCUGUUUUGGAGCAACACAGCAGAUAUUUUGCAUUAGGUUCCCUCUAUCAAAGCCAUGGAAAUCACAUUGAUGCAAUUAAGACUUGGGUGAAAAUUGCAGAUGGCCUCCACAAAGACCCGUCUUGCUCAGAUGUAUAUGGACAUAUAGUGUGGACCCUCAGUCAACUGCAAGACAGAGAUGCCGUGUGGAAAUUUGCAGACUGGACUCUUCAAAGAAACCAGGAGAUAGGGGUGCAGAUUUUCAACAAGCGUCAACCAGAUGAUCGGUUUGAGACACAAGAUGUCCUUGCUCUCGUGGAGAAGUACCCACUGGCGUUGCUUUUGUAUCUUGAGUUCUUAAUCCAUGACUUGAACAGUGAGGAGGAGAAACAUCACAACCGUCUGGCCCUGGCAUAUGUUACUCAGUCGCUGCGAGAGGAAGAGGAAUCAGAUUUGAGGAAGACCAGAGGGAAGUUGCAGCAGCUGCUAUGGGAAUCCAGAUUUUAUGACGUCUCCACUGUAUAUGGUGUGUGGGUGCACUUUGAUAAAAAAAAUCAUUACUGUAUUGUGACUAAAUCUUAUUGCAUUAUUCUCAUUGCAGAGAGAGUUGAGUCAGCAACCCUGAACAUAGAGAAAGCCAUUCUCCUCGGUAGGACCGGUGGACACUUUGAGGCACUGCAGGUGCUUGUUCACCAGGAGGGAAACCUCCAAGCUGCAGAGGCCUACUGCGGCAGGGCUGCCCAGGGCCGGGACACACAGUUCAGGCAGACGCUGCUGCUCACCCUGCUCCAAAUCUACCUGAGCUCCGAGGAUCACAGCAGCGCUGCCGUGGAUCUGCUCAACAACAACCCUCGGGUCCUUGCAGCAGAGAAGGUCAUCCAGCUCCUGCCUGAUUCCUGGUCUGUUCAACUGGUCUCCCAGUUCUUAGUUGGAUCCCUUAGAGAAACAUUCCACCAGAGGCGGAUGGCAGAGCUGCAAAAGGCUCUGUUACAGGCAGAGCUCACGCGGCACAAGGUCAUUUGGAUGCAGGCCUCAAAAACAAAGUUCAGACUGGAUAAGGGGCAGAAGUGUAAGGUUUGUCAGAGAGAGCUUGCAGAGCCACAGUUUGCCUGUAACCUCACUGGUGAGCUGAUGCACACAAGCUGUCCUGUUUUUUCCUCAUCAUAAAGACACCAACCGAUAAAGCAAAUUACUGUAUGUUUAUGCAAAUAUGUGCAUCUCUGCACUCUUAAGGAUCACAUGAAUUAAUAGCCAGAUAAGUAACUGCAUCCUACCCGAUAAUUUUUCUACUUUACACCGUUUCAUCUAUAGACAAACUGUACAAGGAUGCAAUUCAUGGGCCCAAGACUUAAUACUUUGUGUAAAUAACUGGUUUCAAGAUGAAAAAGAGCAAGCAGUGCACUUUUUCAGGGCGGCAUGUCUGAGCUAUUUCCUAGAGACAUUGUAGACAGCAAUAGCUAUAAAGUGGAGGACACUCGGGGGCAUAUAUUCACUGAUCAGACAGUGGUGUUUAACAUGGAAACCACCUGUGGUCAAUGUGAUGACCAAAAGGAAUUUCCCCAUCUUGCAUGGUUGUAUAUAUGGUUCAUGGUUUCCACUGACUGUGUGUAUUUGCCUGCGUAAAGCUGUAAAUAGAAAGUCAACAACUGAGAGGUUACACGUGAGAGACAUUUUUUAUUCAGCUUGCACAUUAAUAUACAUUUAUGACCCCCCCAAAAAACACAAUUACAGGUUUAAAAAUGAAAAGCAAACAGGUUGUCUUUGCAGUGUAUGGAACAUGAAAUCAGAAUACAUUUUUAGCAACGUCAGCCCUAUAUCAUUUAGGCAACGUAACAGACAUGUAGGCUACUCCAAAUAAUAACACAAACUCCAGUAUGUCCACAUGUACAGUAUGAAAAUACUAUAUCAUUAACCUCCUACGCCCUUUCCCUUAAAAAACACCUAAAAUAACAACCAAAAAUGAAUCAAACCCAUAUGCACAUGUAUGGUCUCCUUUAAAAAGGUAAGAUAAUAAUUAAUAUGAAUCCAUUGUAAGUCAACCUGUUUAUAUUACCACUCCAGAAUAAAUGGAGAUGCAAUAAAGGAAACAAAUGAGAUUUUUAUCCUCGCCUAUAUUUAAUCUUGAUUUUAAGACAAUAUCACCAUUAUAGCCAAGAUCCCGGGGGUAAUGAUUUAAUGUACUUCAUCUUAUUUGUUACUACAACCAGGACUGAAAAUUUAAUGAAAAUACACUAAAAUACAGCAUGGUCUCGACGUUUUGGCUCCGUUUUAAAAAAAAUCUCACAAAAACAUUGGAAUAAUAAUAAACACAAUGAAUGAUGAUCAGUAUUUAUAUACAACUGAAGAGUUCCACGAUAUACAGUAGAGAAAUCGAUAAAGGCAGGGGCUACGAUGCUCUAUGAGAUAUCCACAGAUGUGUCUAAGCAAGUUGAAUAGACUUAUAUAAAGCCAGACUUCCCACCAGUAAAAGUCAGUCCAACUUGACUAAGAUGGCUGCUGACAGACUGCUCCCUGAGGUUCACUGUGACUUCCAGUCAGACCAAGCUUUACUGUAGAUCCGUAAGUUACUCAAAUCUGCCGGAUUUGGUGAAUGUCAAUGUGACUGUAAAAUGUGAUGUGGACCCUGUGUGUUUCAAGUUGUGUGUUUAUGUGCUUUAGAAAGCGUGGGAUUUCUAGUUUCGUGCAACUUGAUAUUAAAAUACUUAGUAAUCAGAUGUAAAAUACACAGUUGAUUUAUGGAUUCUCAAAGUUGAAGAACCCAUGUUUUUAAAACAGUAUCGCAUGCAUAUUGACCAUCUUCUUCCACCGUGUCCUUUUGUAACGACACCACAGGGGUGAACAUAGCUCAGAUGACAUUAAAGAUGUAUUUGUCUAUUUUUGUUGUAAUUCAGUUAUUAAGGCUAUAACAGAGUAUUUUUUUAUCCUGAUCCUGCAAGUUGGGACAAAGGUUAAGGAGACGCCUUGAGGAGUUGGAACAGCAACAGUUGUGCAUUUGACUGGACUGCUUGCAAGUGUUGGGUGUUUUUGGGCCUGGGGUGAGUGAUUAAUUGCAGUGUAGAUAAAUAGUGAAUUGUGAGCAUGUUGGAGGAGAUUAUCUCUUUGUGAUGUCCUUGCUAAGAUUUCUUCCGUGUUUUUAUUCGUAUGAAGUUUUUGUGGGACUUUUUCAUUGUUCCCACUGAGAGUUGUGCACAUUUAAUCUUUCGUAGGGUGGGUGUUACAGCAUGCAGCCCUUUGUGAGUGUAACUAGGAUUUUUCAUUUGGAGUGUAUAUAUUUAACCUCUGACUCAUUUAAAUAAACAGACUCAUAUCCCAGAAAACCAAAGAAAACCACAUACCUAGCCUUUCUCUUUAUGUGGUUGCAUGAAAAAUUGCCACGUCCACUCUUCCAUAUCUUCUCCUUGUAAUUUUGAUAAUCUAUGCAUUUAAUGUUGAUCUAGGGUUAAAUCAUUGUAAGCACUCCUGGAUAAACAGCUGCAAUGUAAAAACGCAAAGCAUCAACUUAUUUGUGACUCUGAGAUGUGAAGGAGCCUCACGGUUUAUAUGGACUGACUAUAAGGGCUGCUGCUCUGUGAUUGGCUGAUCUUUGGGCCGUGCCUGAUGACCAGUGACCACUGGGUGGACCCGAAGCCAGGAUUAUGUCCUCUUCCUCCCUCUCAUGGACAUCCUCAGGGAGCAUUAAUGUUGUUUGGUACAUUUGCGGUUAUGCUGUGCCUCAAACAUGUUUUUCUCAUCUUUGAUGUUGACCAACAACCAUAAGCAAUCAAAGGGUAAAAAUAUACAGGCAUAAGUACAAACACACCUUAUUCUACCUAAAUCAAGAAACCAAUUUGCUGCAUUUAAAUGAUAUGUAAUAUUUACUUUUCUUACUUGAUGCACUUAGAUCCCUCUCUCAUAUAAGAAGUUCAUAUCUGUAGCUCAUGUUCAUGUGAAUGUAAAACUCUUGCAAUCUGGAGUUCAGUACAUGAAUAGGUGGGGGCUCUGGGGCCCUGCAGGGUGCUCUAGGUCACUGCAGGUUGCUCUGGGGUUACACAUGAGAGAAAGUGGAUUGGAUGCACUAAAGAACAGUUAUGAAAUAAGGUAUGGUGGGUUAUCCAGACAUUGGUCUAUUAUAAAUAUCCAUGCCGCCACAGAGGGAAAACAAGAACAUUUCCUUCUUGUGCUUUUCUAAAUUUAAGACAAAAUGUCGACUGUCUGGACUGUAGGAUAUAAUUGUUUACAUGCUAACAUAGUUUUGUUUUAUAUGGACUAGGAAAGUAAUGGUGAGAUGCAUAGGACCUUUUUGCCUGUAGAACACGGUUCAUCCUUAUGCUCUGUGUGGGGUCCUGGAGACCCCAAAAACGUGAAAGAAAAUCAUAUUUAACAUUGUUUUAUUGGUUUUGUAGUUCAUGGCUAUUCCUAAUUUUAUGAAAAUUACUUAUGAACAUGAUUUUUAACUGAUGCAUUACUUCUGUUCCAGCUGUACAACUUUGUUAAAUACGUAUCUCUAUAUCUGCGACUGCAUGGUGCUGACAGUAUUUUUAAUGCAACUUUAGCCUCCUAAAUCCCAAAUAAGUCCACUUUGACUUCUAUAUUGGAAUUUGUUUGAAUAGUUUAAUAGUUUGAGGCCUAAAUGGGACUUAGAACUCUUUAGGGUCUUAUUGUCCUUAAAUGACAUCACUGUGAAGAAUGACACACUGUACAUUUAUUUGUCAAUAAACUUCUCUUUGGCGAACAAAAAUCAUAAAUAUUUGUGCAUCUAAUCCCACAUUACAUAUAAAAGAAUAUAU